CAUUAACUCACUUCCGUUCCGUGUGUCGCACGCAACAUAAGGACGGUAAUCAGCUCAAGCCGUAGUCUGUCACUUGACUCAACGUAGUUCUUUUACUACACGAUUCUGUAAAAAGUCAGCUGGGCGUCAGAUAUUUGGAUGGAGCCAGUUUCAGAUUUGAAGCCUGCCAUUCACUGCUUUGACAUCGCGAGGGUCGCCAUAGCCCUGCAUCCUCACAUUUCUGCAUCUCAAUGAGAGAAGAAUGGUCAAGUACUUCUCAAACAACACAGACAUCCAGAACGCCUGGGAACAUGUUGUCUCUGCAUUCUGGCGGAGAUACCCAAAUCCAUUCAGCACUCAUGUGCUGACGGAGGACGUGGUCUACCGGGAGGUCACUGCCGACCACAAGCUCCUCUCCAGACGGCUCCUCACCAAGACCAACCGCCUGCCGCGAUGGGCCGAGAAGGUGUUCCCCACCCACCUCGCCCGCUCCGUCUACAUCGUGGAGGACUCCAUCGUUGACCCGUUGACCAGGAGCUUGACCACCUUCACCUGGAACCUCAACCACACCACGCUCAUGGCUGUGGAGGAGCGGUGUGUGUUUAAAGAGUCGGCCCUUCAGCCAGCGACCACCAGUGUAAAGCGGGAGGCGUGGAUCUCCUCUGGUGUGUACGGCUUCUCAAGACCCAUUCAGGAAUUUGGAUUGGCACGCUUCAAGAGCAACCAGACCAAGUCCAUGAAGGGGCUGGAGCAUGCGCUGUUAAACGGACAUGGAGAGGCUGCCCAGCGACCACUCAGGGACCCAGUGAAGGAGCCGUUGGGGAAGGCCAAGGAGGCGGCCAAGACCCUGGCCUCAGUGCCCCCCACCAGCAAGCCUCAGCAAUACAUCUGACCCCCACACACACACAUACAUACACUUCACACACACACCAGGAUUGAAGAAGCCGCAUUUCUAUGUGAACAUUUAUCGUUCACAGCUGAACAUGCAAUACAAUGUAUUGUAUACAUUGUAUUGUAUACUGUGUAUUUCCUGUUGAUUAUGCCUCCGUAUCUACAGGCAUUACGUGUUGAUGGACGAACAUAUCACACUUGCUACGUGCUGUCCGAGUUCAUGAGUUUGAUUGACUUUUAGUGAUCGAUUGCCCUGGUCUGGAGGAGCCAGGCAAGCGUGCACAGAACAGACACAUGUCCAUAGGAGAAAAUUCACCCUGUGGGCACUGAUCAACACGACGUGCAUGUUCAAAGGCAUGUCGAUGUACAUGGUGAAACGUCAACGUAACGCACAAGCAAAACCUGUUGUCGGUCCAUGAAGUCAAUAGAUUGUACUUAAGCUGUACGGGGCUGGAAUAGAACCUACCUCUCGUGUUUUUUUUAAAUUUAAUUUAUUCAUUUCUAAUUUAUAUUUUAAAUCUCAGUUCUAUCUGUACUUUUAUUCUGUCCAAGACCUGGUACCACUGGGGGAGGCUCUUGAUUCUCAUAUUCUUUAUAUAUAUAUUCGUAUAUAUAAAUAUAUAUCAAGAAACUUAAUGAAGCUCUUUGGUCUCAGGUAUUUAACCAACGUGUGCUGCUAACAAACCUAGCUUGAGCCGUCGCCAGCGAGGACGCAAGCUUGAAUAUCUAGCUGCUUAGCACAUAGAACAUGUUGGCUGCACUGCUUUGGCUGUACAUAGACGCAUAAUUAUGGGUUUAAUGCAUUUUAAAUUGAUGUGAUGUUUUGACACCACAGUGACGGAUGUUACUUUGAACGUUUGGUUGAUUGAUAGAUCCGCUCAUCGCCAUCUGGCGACAGGGUAUGUUUUAUAGCUGCGUGGUAACCAUGGCGACCGCAUUGCUUUUAACCACGGGACACAUCAACAUCUCGAAGAUGAUAUCGUACUUGUUUACUUUAUUCCGUAGGGCCUCACCAAAGUUCUAGAUGAUCAACAUAUGAAAAAAACAUUCUGUAACACAAAGAUGCCUGCAAAUGUAUUUUACUUUUGUGUUUGCAGAUAAUUGUAAUACUUGUAUGCAUAUAUUUACAUAAGAUAAGGUACAAUUUGUAAACGUUUUUUGUUUAGGUUUUAAUUUAAAGUGUUUGACUAAAUUGCAUUCCCUGCUGAGGGAGAUGGCUUGGAGCUUUAGUUUGUGAAAGGAAAAUCCCCUAAUCUAUUUUCUUUCAAGCACUGGACAUUUUGAAACGUUGAUAAAUAAACAGACAAAUCUAGACAUGUGGAUAAUGUAUUUUCUUCCCAUUCUGAUUAAAUCCUUGUGUCCUGUUAUAACCUCUUGUCAUAACCAUAUUAAUACAUUGACCAUAGCUUAUAUAUGCAUCCUAUUCACCUUAAACUAUAAGAAACAUCUAACAGUAAAUAAGUGCACGCCACAACUUUAUAUAUAAAAAUGUUUUUUUUAUUCAUUAUAUUACAAUGAGAAAAUACACCAUACCGUCAAGUGUUUGCUUAAAAGUAUCGCCAGCACCAGGUACUUGUGUGUACACACAUCACAUACAAAAAAAACCUAAUAUAAUAUUCUUCUGAAUGCUUAUUACAGAUCCACUAAAAAAGAACAUAUUCACAGGUCUCUGGCACAGAACUCACCCACAUCCACACUGUGUCAUCGACUUUACGACAGCGAAUCGGCCACUCCGAGCAGCCAUGGUGGAGCUGUCGUUUUUCAAGGGACACCCUAUUUCAGUGUUGGGGAGCUGCUCCACCUGCUAACGCCAACCCGAUGGAGGCUACAAGAAGGCUAAGAUCGUUGUGUGGAAGAAUUUCAUUCGAUUGCUGCGUGUAUUGCUUACCAUGGUUUAUGGAAAAAGAGAAGGUAAAACGUUGAUUCUUCGGAUUGGAAAGGGGGAAUGCUGCUGUCCUAAAUUCAUAUUUCUAUUGUUCAAAAAAUAUUUAUCUGGAAUCACAUCGGAAGCACUCCCUUUACCAUUCUGCAUGGGAGGUAUCGUAGGACAAAGUGACGAGUUUCUAAGCAGGU